AUGGCAGCACCUAUGGUCUCGAAAACAGCGAUACCACGAUUCUUGCUACCGCAAAGGUCCUGGGUGAUUACGAAUGCUUUCAGACCCACGACACGAUGCGUAGUUGAAGCGAGGCGGCAUCGCUGUUCAGCAGCUCCUGAGCGAUGCGCCCCGAACCCGGUGACCACCGCGUUACAACGACAACGCGCACUGCAAUCUCAGAGACAGUCCGAAAGCUUCGCUGCCGGCUACGCGUCUGCCCUCGAGUUUCGUCGCAACUUCAGCGCCACCGCACCGCAACGCAAGGAUCACCACUUCGACACGCUCAAGUUUAUCCAGCGUUUGAAAGAGGAAGGCUUUACAGAUGAGCAAGCAGAAGGCAUGAUGAGGGUGCUGGGAGACGUCAUAGAAGAAAGCAUACAAAACCUCACGCGCACCAUGGUCCUGCGGGAGGAUCAGGAGAAGGCCACAUACACGCAGAAAGUCGACUUUGCGAAACUGCGAUCCGAGCUCAUGACGGCCGACUCGACCGAGUCCUCGCUGACUCGCGCGUCGCACGAGCGGCUGACCAACGAGCUGGCCAAGCUGAAUUCACGCCUGCGAGACGAGAUACAGCGAACUCAGGCGUCCGUGCGGCUGGACUUGAAUCUCGAGAAGGGUCGCAUCAGGGAGGAGGCAAAUGUCCAAGAGCUCAAGUUGAAGGAGACCGAGACAAGGAUCGAGCAGGAGACGGCGCAAUUGCGAGAGCGACUGGAGGCAGUCAAGUUCUCUACGCUGCAGUGGCUGAUGGGUGUUUGCACGGGUACUGCUGCGCUCAUGCUCGGUGUUUGGCGUUUGUUGAUGUGA